CACAGAGCAACGAGGAGUGUGUUGAGAGGAAGCACGGUGGUGGGUGUUGUGACUCUUGUGACGCUGGCAGGCCUACACACCGUCACGACUGCCUACGUCGUCGACCCCACGGACAACCCCCAGCGGAUGUGGGACCCGGAGAAGGGCUCAAUCUUAGGCCAGGGAGUGCCGGACUUUGGUCUGGAGAACGUGACGGUGACCAACCAGACGGCGCAACUCGGCUCUACCGCCUUCCUCCACUGCCAAGUUCGUAACAUGGCAGACAAGCAGGUGUCGUGGAUCAGGCGCCGCGACUACCACAUCCUCACCUCCGGCCUCCACGCCUACAGCAGGGAUGAACGCUUCGGUGUGGUCCGUCCCCAGGAUGAUGAUGACUGGGCCCUGCAAAUUAAGUUUGUCCAGAAGCGUGAUGAGGGCGCCUACGAGUGUCAGGUAUCCACCAAGACGGGCCGGUACGGUUACCUGGUCAACCUGAAGGUGGUGGUGCCCAAGGCGGUCAUCUCAGGGUCACCAGAGCGACAUGUUCAGUCAGGUUCCACCAUCUCCCUCCUCUGCAUCAUUGAAGAGAGCCUGUCGCCACCACAGUUCAUCUUCUGGUACCACAACAACAAGAUGAUCAACUACGACCAAUCCCGAGGCGGCAUAACAGUCACCAUGGAUCACCAGGACCUUACCACCUCCAGGCUAACCAUCAGUAACGCCAGUCUCAAGGAUUCUGGCAACUAUAAGUGCAGCGCUAGCAACAUCACGCCGUCCUCAGUCAAUGUGUUUGUCUCUGAAGGUGACAAGACAGCAGCCAUCCAGCGGUUGGGUUCAGGCAGCCAGGGCCUGGCAAAUGCCACUGGUGCCACCCUUGUCUCCCUCCUGCUGUCCCUGCAGCUGCUACUGCUGUGCUUCACAAACCUAGUCGUGUCCACUGGGACCUGAUCCUCGUGAGCCGCGUCGUCCCUGCCACAGGAGCAGCCAACUUCUGCUACACUCGCUCUAGGCACCAAUGUUAACUCUGCAAUCAUCCCCUGAAAACCUUUUUUAUUAUUAUUUUUUUCCUGUGAAAUAAAUCCCAAGAUUUUUUCCCUUUAGUCAAGAAUUCAUAUCCAAAUAUUGUUUUUCUUAAGUCACAUUAUAAACAGUUUUAUAUGACCAGUUAACUGAGCAUAACCCAAAGAAGUUUAUACAAUUUAUCGAUAUUCAAAUUAUUAAUGUAUCAUAUUCUUAGAUUCAACAAUUGAACAUAUGGUAAGACAAAUAAUCUUACAGAUAAAUUAUCAUAUCUGAAAUUUAUUUUAAUGAAAAACAAUAAUAUCGCAGUUUAGUUAAUACUUAGAGACCACAGCAAGACAUUAAAACUGGUGUGCAGGAAAACGUUUAAACUAGUGUUAAUAUUUUAUUACAUGGUGAAGGAGUGCCCCCGCCUCAGCCCUCGACCCUCCCCAUGAUGGCUGCGUUCACUGUUCCCACACACUGUAGGAUUUUUUUGUUAUUAAUGUAAGUAGUUGUGUUUGGGGGUGAGGCGGGAAUCCUCUACCUAAUUCUACCGUCAUUCCAGUUCAUAAUGGAAAUACUUUGUUCUGUCUGUUCGUGGCUGUGUUGGUAAAAUCAGACGGGCCAGACAAGGGUGCCCAGGCCUGGUGUUUUGGCCAAGUGGAUAAUUCGUUAGCUGAUCCGUGAGGUCUCUGUUGCCUACACUGACGUUAUCAAAGUUUAUUCGCUCUGGGACCCAACUUCAGUACACAAUUGAACUCUUCUUUAACAGAGUGUGGGAAACUAAAUAUGUAAACAGAAAAAAAAUCUAUCUGAAUUAUAUCAAUGAAUAUGGUGGAGUUGAAGACUGAAGAACUACAGACAGUUUUAAUUUACACUAUAUAGAAAAAAAAAACAGUGCUUGAGAUUCUGUGGACUAACAGCACUUACAACGCGACGAUAAACUUAUUGAAGAACUUGUCGUCAGCAACAGAGGCGUUACUGUCAAUGAUAUAAGAAAUUUAUGGCUUAGUAAACUGGCCGGUGGUAAACAUCGGUUUCUUGUAAAUAAUUUAUAAUGAUAAAUGGUUUAAUAUUUUACUCCCAUGUACUUUCAAUCAUUGGUGUGGGGACGAGAGAGAAAAACAACCCAUAUCUUUUAUUUAGCUUGUGAGGAAACAAAUUUAUGAGUUUCUUUUUUCUUACGGUGAUCGACGAGUGGAGAAUCAAAUUGUCCAGGAAGGUGAAGAUGUGUCCAGACUUCAGCCUCUGUGACAAGGAAGUGAGAAGAGCAGCUUCGUGAGCUUCUGUUCCUGACUAGUAAGGAACAUGAGGGCAGUUUCUUGAGUUGCUGCACCUGUGUUGUUCCUGGCCAGUAAGAGACAGGGGAGCAGCUGCUUGUUGCCCCUGUGAUGCUCCUGACCAAAGCAGGUUCAUGAGUUGUUGCUUCUGGCCAGUAUGAGACAGUAACAUCGUCAUGAGUUGUUGUCCUCCAAGAUGCUCGCUGGUGGGGCUCUGGCCUGGCCGCCACUUGCCCAUCCUACUUUCCUCUCAGUACUCUUAUCAAAUGUUCUCUUCACAGUGUUAUUUAUGAAACAUUUUUUUUUUCGUAACAUGGUGUUUGUCAACUCCUAAUGAAGAUGAUAUAUUACCAGGUUCAACCGUAAUUUGUGGUAUGUGAUAUUCAGCAGAGGGAGAGCCCAUUUGUACCUUGUGAUGACUGGGACAGGGCUGGCAGGUACAAAGACCCUCAAGAAGAUUAAAAUGGAACUAAGACGGUGUAUGAUGUUGUCACUUAACAUUAAGACAACACCGUGCGUGCUCUAACCCAAGAUCAGUAAUACAUUAUACACUAAAUACACGUUGUGACAUGAUUAAAACAUCUGUUGACGGUAACAUCUGGUGGUGAUGAUGUUGACACACAUGGUAGAGAUGACACCUGCCAAGGGUGAUACCUAGGGAUGGUGAGUGCUUAUGACAAUGAUUCACAUCAACAGUGAUAAUUGGUUGACAUUAAUAUAUAUGUAUGGUAACACAACUGGUGAUAGUGACACCUGACACCAACACCGCUGGUAAAGUGAUGUUGGUGAUACAACUGGUAAUUAGUGACAUGUUGACAGUGCCACACCUGAUAUAUGACUGACUCUGGUGAUGGUGAUACAACUGACGAGAUGGACAAACGAUUUAACAGUGACAACAGUUGGAGAUAUUGACACCAGAUCCCUGUAACACCUCUUUGUGGUAACACACCUGAUAACUGUGACACACCUGUUGACUGUAACAUACCUGCUAACUGACACAUCUGCUAAAUUGAUACAUCUGCUAACUUUAAUAUACAUGCUAUGACACACCUGCUAACUGUAGCAUACCUACUAAAUGUGACACACCUGCUGUGACACACCUACUAACAGUAACACACCUACUAACUGUAACACACCUACUAACUGUAACACACCUACUAACUGUAACACACCUACUAACUGUAACACAACUGGUGACGGCGGUGUUUCAGGUGGUUAUGGUGAUUCACUCUCAGAAAAUAAAACAUUGCUACGACGACUAAAGCAAAUGACUAAUUAUAUAUAAUGGCUGACCAAAAUUACGGUGAUUGGGAUAAAGGUCAAGUUUUCUCCUGCUGUGUAAUUACGUCUUGUAAGUGUUGUGCCUGGCUGGGGCGACCUACUGCCUGGCCGGCUGGCUGGCUGGCUGGCUGGGGCGACCUACUGAAUGGCUGGCUGGUUGGCUGGGGCGACCUACUGGAUGGCUGGCUGGUUGGUUGGGGGCAACCUAUUGCCUGGCUGGCUGACCGGUGGCGACUCGAGGCCUGGCUGGCUGUGGGCGACUCACUGCCUGGCUGGCUGUGAGCGACUCACUGCCUGGCUGGCUGUGGGCGACUCACUGCCUGGCUGGCUGUGGGCGACUCACCGCCUGGCUGGCUGUGGGCGACUCACUGUCUGUUGAUUGGCCUAUUACCGACUUGUUCAUUUUAAAUCGAGAAAACCCCACAAUAUAUAUAUAUAUAUAUAUAUAUAUAUAUAUAUAUAUAUAUAUAUAUAUAUAUAUAUAUAUAUAUAUAUAUAUAUAUAUACUGUGGAUGUGUGUGUGUAAUAUAACCCCUGUAAUGUAACCCUGACCAUCUUCAUAGUGAGAUAGACAGACGACAGGACAACAUCAGUGCACAAGAGGGCCGCUCAGCACUGCUCACUUCAUUCUCUAGUCUUAUCCUCUGAAGCUUUGUAAUUGGUUGUAAGUUAUUCAUCAAGUUGUCUUUGGUGUUUCCAAGCUAUAUGUAAAUACUGAAUUGAUAUUCCCAUGAGAUUUUGUAUACAAAUAUGUAUUAAAUUGUAUAUUUUAUGAUA